UCCUCCAGGUUAACCCCAGCUGCCACAUCAUGGAGAAUUACAUAAAGAGGAAACAGAUAGGUGAGGGAUCCUUUGGCAAGGCAUUGUUGGUGAAAAGCAAGGCUGAUGGCAAGGAGUAUGUUAUCAAAGAAAUCAAUAUUUCCAAGAUGAAAAGGAAGGAAAGAGAGGAAUCCAAGAAAGAAGUUUCUGUUUUGAGGAAGAUGAAGCAUCCUAACAUUGUGUCUUAUACUGAGUCUUUUGAAGAGAAAGGUAACCUGUACAUUGUUAUGGAUUACUGUGAUGGAGGUGACCUUUAUCAAGCUAUCAAUAGACGACGAGGCGUGCUGUUUCCUGAAGAUGAAGUCAUGGAUUGGUUUGUUCAGAUCUGUCUGGCUCUCAAACAUGUUCACGACAGAAAGAUUCUUCAUAGGGACAUCAAAUCACAGAAUAUUUUCUUGACACGGAAAGGCAUCAUCAAAAUGGGUGACUUUGGCAUUGCAAGAGUUUUAAAUAAUACAAUGGAAUUGGCAAGGACAUGUAUAGGCACACCAUAUUAUCUCUCUCCUGAGAUAUGUGAAAAUAAACCAUAUAAUAACAAAAGUGAUAUAUGGGCCCUUGGCUGUGUACUCUAUGAGACGCUGACACUGAAACAUGCUUUUGAAGCAGGAAACAUGAAGAACCUAGUCCUAAAGAUAAUCCGUGGAUCCUUUCCUCCUGUAUCACCACGCUAUAGCUAUGAGAUCAGGAAUCUAGUGGCUCAACUAUUCAAGAGAAACCCUAGGGACAGGCCUUCUAUAAACUCAGUUUUGAAGAAACCCUUUGUUCAAAGGAGGAUAGAGAAAUUCUUAACUGAUGCAGAAUUGAAUGAUGAGUUCAGUCAUACAAUCCUUCAUCGUAAUGCUCGUCCAGCUGCUAGGGGUGUCGGAGCUCCUGUAUUCCAGAAGCCUAUCUCUAGGCCACCAAUCAGUGCAGCUGCUAAGAAACCACCCGUACCCAAACCCAUUAGUAAUCCUGCAGCUAAAUAUGGGCCUUCAGUUGCUGUUAAGAGACCGCCAAGUGCCGGAAAUAGAAAAUCAUCUGAGGACAGGAAAGAUGGAGGAGCAAAGGAUUUGGAGCAGAAGAAAAGAGAAUUGAAAGAAAAGGAGAAUGAAAGACGGUUCAAGGAAAAACAAGUAAGACAACAACGUGAAGAAUUGAAUGAUAAACGAAGGAUGGUGAAUAUCAACAAAGCUCGUGAAGCAGGCUGGAAGAAUACCCUUCUUAGUAGCAGCGGUAGUAGUAAUGGAGGAGGUGGUUAUGGAGGAGGAGGAGGAGGUAUCAGGUCUUCUGAAAAUGAGUUGGAAGAACCACCAAAGAAAGAAGCUAAGUAUGAGAAGCCGUCACUUCAUGAAGGAGUUAAACCAGAGCAAGGUAACUAUGAUCACUAUCACCAAUACCUUGCCAACCUACGUCAACAAGCCAAUGGGGCAGCCGUCGGUCAAGGUGGUGCUGCCAUGUUCAGAGAGGAACGGGCUAAGAGACAACAGGAGGAGGAGGCCCUCAGGAGGCAGAUCAGGGAGAGGCCGGCAUCUGCUAGCGCCGCCAAAGCCGCCAAGAGAGGAGAAAACGCAUGGCAAGCUGGUGUAGAAGCAGCUGAGAGAGCUAAGAUGGUUCAUGAUUUCUUGCUAAGGAAGAGAGAAGCAGCAGCAAACAAAGCAAGAGUAGCUGUUCAACUAGGAUGGGGAGCACAGCCAGUAGCAGGCGCAGGAGAUGCUAGGAAUGAACCUCUUCUACCGUACGGUGGACAGAAAGGAAAGAAUAAAGAUGAACAGGCAUAUUUAGAUCAGCUGAAUGCAAUCAGAAUGCAAAACUACAAAGAAAGAAUUAAUGUCAGAAAUAGGGUCAAAGAAGAAAAUGAUCCACAGAUCAGCGCAGAAGCUAGAAGGAAAAAAAUUGAGGCACUGAAGGCACAAGCUGACCAGCGAGCAGCAAAACUAAAAGAACAGCUUGAAAAACAGAGAAGAGAAGCUUACGAGAAGGAGAAGAGAGCAUGGGAUGAUCAUCUUGCCAAGAAGAGAGUGACAGAUAAGCCUGCUGCUGCUCCAAGUAAACCUGUUCAGGGACCAGCAGUACCAGUUGUGCCUCUUACCGCCGUGCUGAGAGAAGUAGGUGUAGAUGUUACCCAACCAGAACAGGAAAUGCCACUUGAAAAGGAAGAAAACAGAGUACCAGUAAUUUCAGCAGCAUCUGAAGCAAACCAAGCCCCUGCUGCUCCCAGGAAGCAGUGGGCUGGUGGAGCUACCAAAGCAGCAGUCUUAGCCAACAUGCCUCUUGAAGUCACAGCUUCUAAUAUGCAAGCCACUAGUGGAGGUGAUAUGUUGCAGCCAUCGUCAGUGUCUGCAUCCAAUGUAGAAGCCAACAGGAAGAAGUGGAGUGCUCCAGGUAAUACUGUAGUCAAUGCUCUUCAGAUGGCUGAGAUCAAGGCAGGAACUAUGACCAUGGCAGCGGUAGAUCCAAAAGGAGAAACUCAACUAUUGCAAGCACCUGGAAUGUACGAUAGAGGGAGCCCUAUGGGUGUGACUGUCAUUAAGGAUCAACCUAUGAGCCCUAGGGAGAAGAUACCUGUAGUCCAAGAUAACACGUGUGUCGUUGAUGGGAAACAGUCAGGUGACCACAAAGAAGCAGCUGAUCUUGAAACUAUUGAUGCAAAGAACAAGGAAGAUGAUAUCAAAUCCUCAGAUGGUAGUAAACAGACUCCUCCAUCUCCAUCUAAAUCAGCAUGGAAUAAUACAGCAUCAUCACCUAGCAACAAAAUACAAAUAGAAGCUGCACCUAAAACACAAGGUUCCCCAAACCAGAAGGAUCAACCGCCCACUUCGGCAACAAAGGACAGCCCCAAAUCAAACUCAUCACCUCCGAGGCCCGCCUCUGAUGCUGAGGCCCCUCCUACACCAGAGAAAGCCACGCCUCCCAAGAGCCCAAGGCUUAGUACCUCACCUCCUUCAGUAAAAACUGCCUCUCCUCCUGCCAUCACACCAUCAUCACCAUCCUCACCAUCAGGAGUGAAGAGUCCAAUUAAAACAGAUGAGGAGAAAAAAGAAAAGAUAGAAACAGGAGAGAACAACCCACAGGAAAAGAAAGGUGGAAUUGAUGCUGUUGAACUGGAUGAAGAAGAAGAUGUGGAUGAUCAAGAGAGCAGUGAAAAGUCUGCCAAGAAGAGCGUGGUUGCUGGCCUGUCUACAUGCUACUUUGAUACAGAACCCAAGCUGUUGCGGACGUGUUCUGAUCCGGACCUAAGACAGCUGUUCCGUACGACUAUGGCCCUGAAUCCAUUCUUUGAAGCCGAUCGGAACCUUGUCGCUCAGAGUGUUGAUACUGCCCUCAUCAAGCGGGAGGACGAUGACCAAGAUGUCAUGAUCGAUGAUGACCUGGAUGAUGAUGAGGAACUUAUUCGACAACUCCAAAACCUGACGGCCAAGAAUGAGGAGGAUGACGAGGAGGAUGAUGAAGAGGAAAAUGGAGAAGAUGACAUUGAACAAGUACUUGAUGAAGAUGAAGAAGAAUACCAUAGUCUGGUUGAGUCUAUGAGAAGUGUCUUGGAAUCAAAUGAUGUUUCAGAUACACCCGGAAAGAAACGGAUACAAGAUAAAGAGGAAGGAAAGAGCCCCGGAGCAGAAUCAAAUAACUCCUCCCCAUCUUCGCCAUCAGGGAGCAAAGACGAUGACGAUGAAGAAGAAGAGGAUGAUGACGAUGAUAAGGAGAAUUCUGGCAAGAGCAAACCAAUUAAUGAGGACUGGGACUCGGGUGAAGGAAGUGAAGGAGAAGAGAAUGGUAUGUCUGCUGAGGAGAGAGAAAGUAUAUACAGCCGAUUAGAAGAAUCUAGACUACAGUUAGAGAAAGAACUUGGAUGCGAGACAUUUCUCAAAGCAUAUAAAUCAAUACAGGCCAUGCAUGAAGAUGAAGAUGAGAAUAUUGAAGAAGGAACUAAGCGUGUUAAUACCAUCCUAGGAGAGGGCAAAGGUCAAGUAUACACAAAGAUCCUCCAGCUAGUGAUGGCUGAUGGAGCAUACACAGAAGCAUUAAAGAGCCAGAAAAAAUAAACAUUGCACUGCAUGUGACUGUAAUCAGAAGCUUGUCACUCUUCUUCUUCAUCAUCAUCAUCAUCAACCUGUAAUCCUGCUCCCUUGUCAUCUGCAAACCAUCAAACCCUACAUGAUCAACAACCAUCCUUCAGUUUAAUGAAAUGAACCAUUUUAUAAACUUGUAAUUUGUUUCAAAGUAAAUGAACAUUCAAGUAUUUAAGAUAAUCUAGACAUAGCUGAGUUGCACGGUUUGUGAGAAGAAAGACAAAUUGAUUUUGGGAUAUGUAGCUAUGGUUAUAAAUUACAUAAUUAUAAAACUUGUCGAGCAUCAUGUUUCACAUGUGUAUACAUGAUUGUUGUAUAUCAAAUCACUAUUUGCCCUUUAAAGAAUGGACAUUAUGGAAUGGUUUGAUAAACUCCCAGAUUUGUAAAUGUUUCAUUCCAUAGACACAUUGUACAGGUAGUAAUGACAUUUUACAAGUCAUUAAAUGAAUAGAUUUAUGAUAGACAUCUUUACACAUUUGAUUUGAGUAGAUUGACCAGGAUAUAUUAGAUCAUUUGCUACAGUAAAUAUGAAUCACAUAAAACACAAAAUGUAAAGCAUGUUUAUUGCUGUAAAAGAGCAUGUAGUUGUAAACUGUAAUAUAAAUGUAUGCUUAUCAUUGGUGUAUAAGAGUCAUAUUGUUGCUCUUGUGAAAAUGGUAUAUAGUGGAAAUAUGAAUUGAAUUGAAUUGAAUUUCAUAGCAUCUGCAAUGCAGAAAUUUUCUGGAACUUCUAUGAAACACCCAAAGAGACAUAAGAUGCUUUUAUUUUGUAUAACUCGUUCUCAAGACUUGCUAUCUCUUUUAUUAAUUUAUUUAUUAAUUAACCAACUCAUACCCAAGACUUAUAACUUUUUUUCGUUCUCCCAGCAUACUUUACAGUUAAGUUAUAUGUUGUGAGAAUGAGUAGAAAGUCAUGGGAACAGAGCAGUAAGUCGUGUGAACGAGUUGCGAUAAAUAAAAAAAAAUAUCCUGUCUCAUUUAGGUGUUCUGUAUGCUUCUCUGUUGGUAUAAUCAUGUAUACAAUACCGCUGAUGUAUCCUUGUUUUAGCAGAUAUGAGUAUUAAUGGUGAAAUUACAUUUCAUGCUAUCACAAUUCAUGUUGUAAUAUAUUUGUAAAAUUUAUGAAUAAUGAAAAUAUGAUUAAUUCAGUAAUUGAAAUAAGUACAUGUAUUUAAUAAAAAACACGACGCACCAGUUUAUUGCACAGGAGCACUAUUUAUAGUAGAAAUGUGUGGGGUGUUUUGUUGGUGGUGGUGUUUAAAAUUUGUCAAUAUUGAGCAUUUUUUUGUGGUUAAAUAAGCAUACUAAUCACUGCUUUGGUUCCUUACAUACUAACUUUAUAUUUGUAACUAACAGAAAAAUGUUGAUUUUUAUUUAUGAUAUGUAUGUGUACACAGGUGGAAUCAUGGCCUUUUGAUCUAAUGAAACAUUAUCAAUCAUUAACUACAUCAGACAUCUGAGGAAUGUAAAUUUUACACCUUCUUGCUCCAUUUUGUUUUGUCACAUACAUUGCUGGCUGAAAAAUCAUUACUUGCUCACUGAUGAAAAUCUAAGUGAUUUUAGUGUAAAAUAUACAAUCAUGAAUUAAACUGCGUGGUGGAAAUCACAUUUCGCAGUAGUGUGCAAAAACAAGACGAGUUAUUAUUUUUUACUAUUGCAUUUAGUUCACACCACCUUCACAUUCGCUCUAGAUGUCUGGGGUUGUUAAUGUUUAAUUAAUUUAAUCGGGUAAAUGGGAGGGGGGGGGGGAUACAGCAUCAAUUGCCCUCACUAGAAUUCUAGGUAUGGCAUCUCCCUUCAGGCUAAUCUGUACUAUGUAUGUAUAUAAACUGAGAUUCUUAAUAAUAGGACUGUACAUUUAUAGUUUGUCUUUAUUUAUUCAGUAUAUCUUAAUGAUCAUUUUUUUUCAAUCAUGAAUUUAUAAAUUAUCAAUUUAUUGAUUAUCAAAUAUUUCUCUUUCUCAACAGAUAAUGAUGAAUGAAGAUGAGAAAAUCCAGAUAUAUUGAAGAAAAAGACCCAUGAAGAGAGAAAUGAAUAAAUUUGAAGAAAUGCUUUGGCAGUUUGCCUUGUAUAUCUUGUAAAUGGACAAAAGUGUCAGGUGACUUAUAAGAUGAUAGUAUUGUCAGGUAGCCAUGAUAGUAUUGUCAGGUGGCCAUGUAUAGGUAAUAGAUGUCAGGUGAUAUUUCAAUGUCAUGUGACCCUAUGAAAGAAUUAGUGUCAGGUGACUACAUACAGAAAGUGGAUAUCAGGUGGCAUGCCAGUGUCAGGUGAUGUAUUAAAGUUGGUCAAUUUUAUUGUGCCAGAGGAAUGAAAGAAUUGAUUGAUGAUAUUGUAGCUGAUGAAUAAUAAUAGAUUGGAUUUAUAGUGCGCCAAAUCCACUCUGCACAGUUUCCAAGGCAGAAUGAAAGAAAGAAGAGAAACAGAAAAAAAGUAUGAUUAUGCAGUACAGUGCAGUCUUUAUUCUCAAUGGAAAUUCUGAACUGAAUUGAUGCAAGCAAGUAUUGCUAUGAUAUUAUUUGUUUAGGAAGAAGAAGUUUUCAUCAUCUAACAGUAAUAAGAUAGAUGAAAUAUAAAAUCGAUUAUCUCAAUUUAACUAGUAAAUUCCAUUAAGAAUUAAUGGAUUACUUAUUGUUACAUAUGAUAAAGGUGUGAAUAAUGAAGAUUUGUAUAUGUUUGCCUUGUAGGAAUGAAAAUAAUUGUUGUGGAUUGUAUGCAUACAUAGAAGAGUUUUAAUAAUUCAUGAGGGCUUUCUUUAUGUAUGUCAGAUUUUUUUUUGCCAGUGUAUUGUUGGGUGUUGGUUGGAAAAUGGUAUGUAUUUGCAGAGGUCAUAGAGAUACAUGUGUACUGCAACAAAAAUUGCAACAUUGGUAGCAAUAUUUAUUAGAUGGAUCAUUGUUAUUUUAACAUAAGACAUUUGUAGAGUUGAGAUGAAGAACUCAAGAUUCCGUGUGGAUGACAAGAACUUGCAACUCCAUACUUGGGAUAAAUUAGCUCUUUUUUUAUAAUUUAGGGAAUAAUUUUGCUUUACAAAUUUGAACAGCAUUUUUGGUCAAAAGAGAAAAGCUCUCAACUAAGUAAUGUACAGUCCUAUGUAAAAAUAUGCUAUACAAAAGACUUUAUGCAUAGCAAUCUUUCAAAAAUGUGGAGCAAAUUGCGAUGCGAUACCAGGAAAAUUAUUCCCUGUAAUGUUGUAGCUAGGAAUAGCGAUUUUGCUCCAGACGUCAAAAUUGUCAUGCAGGGAAUUUGGGGAGUUCGCACUUGAUCUCUUUCCACUUUGUCUUCUUAACUUGUUUGGACUCAUCCCAUAUAUUGAUAAUAAUAAUAGGCAUUUAUAUAGCGCCAUCUAUCUAGAAAUAUUCUAUUCCGAGGCGCGUUGUUAUUAUUAUUAUUACCCCGGCUUUACAUAGUUCUACUUGUCUAAAACCAUUUUGGUUUUGCUUUAAUUGCUACUUAAUAUUUCAUUGUAUUCCAGUAAGACUAUGUUUGUUUCUUUAGAUAUCAACUUUUUCCAUUACAACACCUAGUCUAUCUGAUUAGAUCUGCAAAAAGACCAAUUAGAUCAAAUUACUCUUACCCCAACUGGGUUUCAGACCAAGUUAUGGUUUGAACAGUUCAAGAUUUAGACCAAAAUCCUACUAGUACAAAUCUAUCGUUUAUUGGUGUAAACAAAUAUUUUGGAAUUAUACCAGCUGGCAUUUUCCAAUGGGUAAAAACAAUUCUUUCAACUUCAUCAUGUGUACUACUAUAGUUGCAUUGAAAAAUCUAAUUCCACAAAAGCAUUUUAUGCAGAUUGAAUAGAUGAUUUAUAAAUUGUAAUAUAUUUGUGUGUGGAUGCGUAAUGCGUUUAGUAUGCUUACAUGUUUGAGAUGAACAUUUAUUGUCAUCUUAAAUGUACAUUUUUUGGACGUGUGCUGGUCCAAAAUCUAUAUCUUUUUGUGUGUAUAUUGUGCAACAUAUUUUCUCCGUCCUUGCUAUUCAAUUCUUUAUAGUAUUCAUUUUUUUUGCAUUCCAUUUUGUCAUGUUGAAGUACUAGCUCAUUAAUUAAACAACAUUGAUUAAGAUUAAGCAAAGAAUACUGCUUAUAAACCAAAGUAAUGUUGGACAUGAUAGAUUAAAAUCUUGCUUUACAUGGCCCGUAAACCUGAUAUUAUAAAAUCAACAUACAUGUAUGUGGCCAAAGGCAUUGUUGAACGUACCUUUUUUUCUACUUUUUGAAGAGACUUAUGAAACAGUACUUAAUUACCCAUAUCAUGCAUUACCAUAUAUUUAUUAGCCUAAGACUUAGAGAGAUGUGAUCUCCACCGAUAUAUCGUCAGCAGCAUUUUAAAAUAAACAUGAACAAACUGA